AUGGAUACCAGUGAUUCUGAGGUUGUGUGCAGGAGGAGCUUAGUCCAUGAAGCCUACAAGAGCAACACCUUGGAGGACUUCAGAGAUCUCAAGGAGUUCCUCAAAAUGGAUAUCGGCAACUCUGAGGUUGUGUGCAGGAGGAACCCAAAUGGGAAGAAACCCCUUGCCCUCCAGAGAGAUGCUGGCCUGGACAGCCCCCUGAGCUUAAACUACGAAGCCUACGAGAGCGACACCUUGGGGGGCUCUGGACACCUCAAGGAGGUGGACAGGAAGAGUAUCCCUCCCGCAAAUGGGCAGGGACUCCACAACAGCCCACCGCCACCAGUGGCCAACGUGAGCAAGAAUUUCUAUAGGAAUGCUUUGAUGGUGUUUCCUGCUUGGCAGGGGUUUGGACUGGAUGGCCCUUGUGUUGUCUUCCAACUCUAUGAUUCUUUGAUUCUAAGAAGUGUACCCAGAAGAGGAAGCACCAAGGCUGUUCAUUGGAGGAGGAGGAGCAGGCCACAGCAGUGGAGCUGCAGGACCAGCGCUCCCUGCCACCCAGCCCAGAGGAGGAGGUGGGAGCCCUCAAAUGUGUGCUGCAAUAUCAAGGAGGCCGCUGCAGAGGGGAAGCAGGUCGGGCUAGAAACGGAAAACGGAAAAAAGAGUCCCCAGCGGGGGUCAUCUGCUCAGAACUGCACCUUAGUCAAGGAGACUCCCAGCACCCCGUCAGAGCCCCACACGACCCCCUCAUGCCUCAGUCUCUGUUCCAUUGUCUCCUGGAUCCGGAAGGUCUUCAGGAAAGCGCUGCCGUCUGUGCCACCAGCGCAACCCAGCACCAGCAGCAGGGCACAAGUGGGGAGCAGGCCUCUGGCCAGGUGGCUGAGACGGUGGAUUAGCCAGCAGCACAGUCACGUCCACCAGCAGGCAAUGUGUCUCCGGCAUCUGAAGAACAAUCUGGUUCUGAAACAGGCCUCCCAGUUCCUCCUGGAAACGGGACAUGCCAGAGUCGCGUUGGUGGCCGUCUUGGGUCACCACCAACUGGGCACCCUGGCAGUCUUGUGUUAA